AAAGCGAUGCCCAGAAAGAGGAGCUCACCUACUUUAAUGAAGAGGGGAGGAUACUGGAGGCAUACAGCCAGUCUGCUAGUGUCUCUGGUAAUAAUGCUUCAGUGCUGAAAGUCAUCUAUCAGAAACCUCUUAAGGCUAUGUGAGACCAACCAUGGGAGACUGGAACUUGUUGGGGAGCAUCUUGGAGGAAGUCCACAUCCAUUCCACCAUUGUGGGUAAAAUCUGGCUGACCAUCCUUUUCAUCUUCCGCAUGUUGGUCCUGGGAGUGGCUGCUGAGGACGUCUGGGAUGACGAACAGAGUGAGUUUGUGUGCAACACUGAACAACCUGGGUGCAAGAACGUCUGCUAUGACCAAGCUUUCCCAAUCUCCCUGAUCAGGUACUGGGUCCUGCAGAUCAUCUUCGUCUCCUCACCUUCCUUGGUGUACAUGGGCCAUGCCCUGUACCGACUGCGUGCUCUGGAGAAGGAGAGGCACAAAAAGAAAGCCCAGCUCAAGGGUGAACUGGAGGUAAUGGAAGGCAUCGUGGAUGAACACAAAAGAAUCGAGAAGGAGCUGAGGAAACUGGAGGAGCAGAAGAAAGUGAGGAAGGCCCCUCUGAGAGGCUCCUUACUGCGCACAUAUGUAUUUCAUAUCUUGACCAGGUCAGUGGUGGAAGUAGGCUUUAUAGUGGGUCAGUAUGUUCUCUAUGGAAUUGGAUUGGCCCCGUUGUACAAGUGUGAAAGAGACCCUUGCCCCAACAUUGUGGACUGUUUUGUCUCAAGGCCAACUGAAAAAAGCAUCUUCAUGAUCUUCAUGCUGGUCAUUGCGGGGGCGUCCCUGUUCUUGAACAUCUUGGAGAUCUUCCACUUGGGAGUCAAGAAGAUCAAGCAGAGCAUCUAUGGAAGCAAGCAUGGCAGAGACGACGAGAGCAUUUGCAGGUCAAAGAAAAACUCCAUGGUGCAGCAGAUAUGCAUCCUCACCAACUCCUCACCCCAAAAACUGAUACAUGUGACCCAGCCAUCCUACACUUUGGUGCCUGAUGGGCAGGUAGAACCUUUGCCCCUCUACCCACCCCUCACUACUGCUGGUGGCCCUCGGCCUGCCCUGGAGGCUCCAAACAGUGAUGCUGCACCUGUUGUACCUGAGCACCAGUCCAGGCAACUGCAUCUCCCCAGCCAACCUGAGAUCCAAGCACUGCGGCAGCUGGGGGCCACAGAGCGUCGCGAUACCCUGGAAGACCGCACCCAUUCCUGCAGCAGUGAAGAGUCUGGACCAAAGAGCUCUGGUCCUUCAAAAAACCUUGGGCAGCAACCUCGAGCGUCCCUACGAGCCAGCAACAUCGAGAUCCCGGCAGCCCUCCGGAACGCCAUGCGCAAGCAGAGCCGGGUUAGUAUGUGCAAGGAUGUGAGUGAGGAGAGCGACUCGCCAGACAGUGACCACUACCCCACAGCCAGAAAAGCAAGCUUCAUGUCCCGAGGGCUGUCAGAGAGCAGGCUGGCCAGUCUACCAGACAGUCCAGAGUCCAAGAGUGGCUCAGAGUUGGAAGCCAAGGCUCAAGGGGAAAGCCCUGCCAUGACCCCACCACCUGCUGCUGGUCGACGAAUGUCAGUGAGCAAGAUUCUGGAACUGUCUUCCAUCAUGAAAAAGUGAGCUCAUGAAGAUCUGAUGGAGUAUCAACUAUUGUGCCAAGCAGAGUGCCACAAUUGGGCCAUCACUUUGAGUUUCCUUGGCUUCAGUAACUUCAUACCACACAAUUACUGGCUCUCUUCUGUUCUGCAUGAACAGCUUGUAUGUGUUCAGUCCACCAUAUAUAGAGCUACUCUAACUGAAAUGCACUUUGGUCCUAACACAUUUUUCUCUCUUUAAGACGACAUUGACUGGCAGAAGUGAAAUUUUUGCACAUGGGAAUUUUGUUCGAAGAGUUAUCAUUGGAUAUCUAUUGUGUUUAAAGAAAUACACUAAAGCUUUAUUUUGACAGGGGUUUUAAAGGUGAAGUAAGUGUAAACAUUCAGAAUAUUUGAUUCACAAUAAUUCUAAGUGUAUGUGGGCUGUGUGCCAGCGUUAUUGCUCGGGGAUAACUCUGAAUCUGAAGGGCUUUAAUGUUCAACGUCUUUGUAAAUCUAACGAAAAUAUCCUUCAAUAUGUCUUAGCCUACAGUAGCUUUAUUAACCCUGGUGUAGAAUAAAAUGCUUUUUGUACUUAA